AUGCGCAUCGCAACUGCAGACACAGGACACUACGACAAGGACGUGCGCAAGAACGUUAAAGACUCGGAUGACAGGGGUGCGGACGCCGACCUAGUCAUCGGCGAUGACCCCCUCGACCGCGUCGUGCCCGGCGGCUCCGUCGAUGAAGCCGCCAGGAACUACAAGAAGGCCAAGCGACAGGACGAGGAAGAAGGGGACGAGAUGGAUUACAUGACCCUCCAGCGCCUCGGCAGGGCCGACGAGCACACAAAGGUCAUGACGCGCGAGGAAUACGUCAUCUAUUCCGGGUACCGCCAGACCUCCUUCACCUGGCACAAUGGCAAGCGCUUCCGCGAGUGGGCCUCCUCCGGCGAGGGCAAGACCCCGAUCGAGGCUCCCCCACAUCCAGGAGGCCUUUCAUAG